CCACACUUUUCCGAACCGGAAACCACAGUCGCGCAUUUUUUGUUUUCACUUACUCGGCCGUAGCGAUUGAUUAAACCACACUGUUUCUUCUAAUUAAACCACAAUCAUCCCGUUUUUAAUUUUCCCCGGAAUCCAGGACAUUUUGUGGUCACUUCCGGUUGAUAAACCGUAUUGACCUGUUUGUUAUAUACGCGUAUAAUUCGGGAGAGAAUUAUUGCCGUGCGCAAUUCGUAACCGCAAAUUAAUUUUUAUUUCUCCAAGGAGUGGCCGGUGAAUUUUCGAUAGGUAUCAGCCAGACCCGAUGCAACCGAUAGCGCGGCGUUUGACGAUCGCUAGAUCCGUUUCGGCGUUGGCGUUGAUUUCUUUUCCGGCCGAACAAACAGCGAAAGUGGGUAUUUAUCGGCAUCUGCAAUCACGCAAUGGCCAAACGAGCCGGCGCCAGUUCGGCGCACAAUCAGCGCCACACCGAAGCGGCGCACAUUCUCUGCCAUUUGGCCAGUAAGACCGCCAACGGACCGGUCCGGACCGUUAACUACGAUUUCGAGCCGGUGACGCCGAUGACGCCAGCGCACGGCGGAUUCUACAUGCUCCAACCGGGAGGCAAUCCCAAUCCCGUGUACACAUCCACGGCGGCCUUCAGUCAGGCGCAGUAUGUCAACGCAGGCAACGUCAACGUUAACGGCACAGCAGUCAGCGGCGGCCAGUUGAUCCACACCAGCUCCCUGCCCAACAACGUCAUCCCCACCUUCUUGCUGCAGUCCGGCGUGCCCACCUCCUCCGGAGCCAGCCACAUCAAACAGGAGCCGGGCGUGACGCUGCAGCUGCAGAAUCUCCAGAAUCUGCAGGGCCAGCCCGGGACGCGCCUGCUGCUGACGACCAGCGCCCCCGGCGCCCCUGAGGGGGGGCUGCUCUUCCCCGCCGGCCAGCGCAUGGCCAACGGCACGCUGCUCAUGAGCCACCAGCAAUCCGAAUCCCCCGGGCCCUCGGGCAGCGGCAGCACCACGGGCGGCAAGGGCCGCGGCGGCGGACGACGCGCUGCUCGCGAUGAAAAGUUGACGCCGGAAGAAGAGGAACGGCGCAAAGUCCGUCGCGAACGGAAUAAACAGGCGGCGGCACGAUGCCGCAAACGGCGCAUGGAUCACACCAAUGUACUUGUCGAGGAAGUGGAAGGAUUAGAGGAGCAGGGCGCGGCGAUCCGCGCGGAGAUCGAGAAGAUGCAGGCGGAGAAGGAGGAGAUGGAGUAUCUUCUACAAGCGCACCGGCAAGUGUGCUCGAAGGAGUUCGAGCUGCCGCCGCCUGCCGUCGUGGUGGCCGACGUGGAGAUGGAGGAGACGGAGCCGGAAGCGGCGCCGCCAGCACAAGCUCCAGUUCAACCGCCACCGGAAGAGGCGAUGCCGCCGCCGGCCAUCGUCGUCGUCCCCGACAGCGGCACGACGGCCCCCGCCGGGAAGAAGGGCGGCGGGGGCGCGCAGCGGCCGGCCAGUCUGCCGGUGAAGCUGGGCGGGGGCCUGCUGGACCUGGCCAUGCCCACGCCCAGCCCGACGAAACUCAUCUUCAACUUUGAGCACAGCGGACUGACGCCCACCGGUCUGACGCCGACGGGCCUGACGCCGCUGAUCCCCAGCUGCUCGACGGAGACGCCCUCCAGCAAGUCGCCCCUGGCGCCGCGGCCGGUGGACGCCGGCGGCCUGGGCGAGAGCGUCUCGCCCAACAAUCUGGUCUCGCUGUGAAACGUACAGGACGCCGUUUAAACGGAACGGACGCUUUCGUCCGGCGUCUUCCGGUUGCUGCUGCGUCCUCGGCCAAAACGUGCGCGUCGGUAUCUCUCUCUUCUCUUCCGCCCACCCGCGGACCGCCCGCCGGGCUGCGGCUACACGACACUGGAUCCAGUCUUUUUGGUUAGUUUUGCCGGUUGGUUUUCUUUGGUUUCCGGCUUGUAUGGACGCCGGUUGCCGGGCUGAUUGGUGCCCUCGGCUGUUUUUCGCCGGUUAAGGCUUCGGUGGUUUUUAGUGUGGUUUUAGCUGUACAGUCGUCUUCUCUUGGAAUUUAUUUUCUGUCAGUGUCCCGCUAUGUGUUGUGCUUUAUUGUGGAGAUUUUAAUUUUUGAUGGAUUUUGAAUGGAUUUCUUUGGUUGGUGUGUUAGUGUAGGCCUGGUGAAUGCAAAGAAAGAUUACUCAGUGA